AUGAAGAACUUCGCCAGCAUUGCCGCCGCUGCUGCGCUCGCAGCCAAUGGUGCUUCCGCCCACUACAUCUUCCAACAGCUCUCUCUUGGUGAUGCUAAAUAUGCGCCUUUCGAGUAUAUCCGACAGAACAGCAACUACAACUCUCCCGUUACGGAUUUGGCUUCGAAUGACCUGAGGUGCAAUGUCGGUGCUCAGGGUGCUGGCACCGAGACGGUACCAGUGAAAGCCGGUCAAUCUUUCACCUUCACGCUUGAUACCCCCGUGUACCACCAAGGGCCCAUCUCCAUCUACAUGUCAAAGGCCCCUAGUGCUGCCUCGGACUACGACGGCAGUGGCGAAUGGUUCAAGAUCAAGGACUUCGCUCCUGACUUCUCGACUGGUGAAGCCAAAUGGGACAUGUCAGGCUCGUACUCCUACACCAUCCCAACCUGCAUCGAGGACGGCGAGUAUCUCUUGCGAAUCCAGAGCCUGGCCAUCCACAACCCGUGGCCGGCAGGUAUUCCUCAGUUCUACAUCUCCUGCGCCCAGGUUAAGGUGUCCGGCGGCAGCGGCAGCUACAACCCCACGACGGUGAAGAUCCCCGGCGCAUUCAAGGAGACCGACCCUGGAUACACUGCCAACAUCUACUCCAACUUCCACUCAUACACUGUCCCUGGCCCUGCGCCUUUGACCUGCUAA